AUGGGCGCCAGCGAUUCGAAGCUGGUCUUCAAGAAAGGCAUCUUCCGUCUUUCGGAGGAACGCAACAUCCGCGCCGACGAUCCCUACUGGACGUCAUUUUGGGAGCUGCCCGAGUCGCCCGAGGAUGUCUUCAGUCUCUUCUCGCCCGCCGACAUUCGCCGGACCCGCGAUUCCGCCCUCGAGAACCUCGAAACGCUGCUACUUGCCGUCACAUCACGGCUCUUUUCAUUGCGGCACCACCCGUCCUUCCCAGAGCAGGACAUCGCCCCAGAGCGCGAUCUUCUCAACUGCGUCCGUGUCCUGACACGUGUGCUGCCCUACAUUUACGAGCGCGAGUCGCUGCAGGCCUGGGAAGAGCGUUUCUUUUGGUCCGUGCGGCGGAAACGAUCACGCUCGGCUGCAUCUGCCGGCGAGGUGCUCUUUGACGAAGCCGAUACUGCCGACCAGAACGGCGACGAUGGCAGUGACAGGGCUGCACCACAGGACGGCUUUGAAGAGGCCAAACCGCUCGCCGAAGAGCUCAUCGACACACUGAUCGACCUGCUCUUCUUCUCCGGCUUCACCGUCGCACGCCAGCCACCGGGCAAGCCGCGCGUCAGCUACACAAUCUGGCAGAGCGGUGUCGGCUGCAACACGACGGUGCCGACAACCAAGGAGUCGGAGAGCAACCGCUGCGAGCUUCUGCGCCUGCUGUUGACGCUCUCAAGCUCCAGCCUAUACCGGCCUGCAGGUGCCUUGCCGGCCCAUGGCGUACGGUCUCUGACGUACAUCUGCACAUGCCCCGACAAGCAAGUUGUACUAUCUGUUCUGUGCUCAUUGCUGAAUACAACCGUUAAGUACAACCCCGCGAGCUGGCGUGUCCCAUACAACAACCUCGUCUUCAAGGACCCAAAGCAGAUCCUCGUCACCUACAGCCUGCACUUCCUCCUUGUGGUUCUCCUAUAUCCCAUCCCACCCGACCCAGUGACCGGCUCCAUCUCCAAGAACUACUACCGCCACUUCCUCGGCCGCCUGCACCGCCCGACCGAUUUCCAGUUCAUUGUGGACGGCAUGACCCGCAUUCUUAACCAGCCGCUGCAGGCCACCACAUCCUACAUCCCCGGCACACAGUCAUCCGUCAAGUUUGCGCCCGAGAUCAUCAUGCUGUUCUGGGAGAUCACGCAGUGCAAUAAGCGCUUCCGGUCCUUCAUUAUCGAUACGCAGCGAGCCCACGACUUUGUGAUUCUCAUCCUCUUCUACGCUCUCGAGUGCAAGAACGACAGCACACGCCAGGGCGUCGUCCGCAUGUGUGCUUUUUUGCUGCAGACCAUGAGCGUCGAAAAGAACUUUGGCAUCAACCUCAACAAGACGUUCGAUACCCAGGACACCCUCCCGCCGGCCAUCCGCAUCCAAAACUUCCGCGGCACCUAUGCCGACUUCCUCAUCCAGUCUAUUUACAGCCUCAUCACAGCGAGCCAGAGCCGUCUGACAGCCAUCUACCCAGCUCUUCUGGCUGUCAUUAACAACAUUGCCGCCUAUGUCGAGGGUCUAAGCGCGCGGACGAGCUCGCGCCUGAUUCAGCUGUUCAGCUCCAUGUCGUCGCCGUCGUUCCUCCUGGCCAACGACAGCAACCACAAUCUACUCUGCUCUCUAUUGGAGGCUCUGAAUGCGACCAUUGAGCACCAAUAUUCGAAAAACCCCCAGCUUGUAUAUACCAUUGUCCGGAAUCGGAAGCGUUUCGAGGCGCUUCGCAAUCUCACACUCGACAGUGGUCGGGAGGAGAUUGAGCGCCGCAUGCAACGCCGCAAAGACUCGGGCGCUACUAGUGACGAGCCAGCGGAACUCGGAUCGAGACGCAGUUCCGUAGACAGCCUGCGGAGCCCAACAACAUCGCACCACGGCCAGCAACACGCGCGACCGUCCCAGGCGCUAAGCGACGUGGCGGAAGAUGACGCAUUUGCUAUUGGCGGUGACGAUGACGAAGACGAAAGCGAUGACGACGAACCCCGGCCCACGCCGUCACAGUCCAGUCCCAGCGAGAACCCAUCACGCGCGUCGCCGGCCGUGUCUGUUGAAGACGCCGUGCCAACCCAGGUGCGCGGCAUGUCGGAAAAGGCACGUGGGAAGAUGCCUGCGGGCGCCGGCCCUUUCAGCUUUUCACGGCAAAAUAGCACCACAAGCCUGGGAAGCGGCUCCGCGCACGGCGGCAGCAGCGAUAACAACCUGGCCGGAAGUGGGCGCCUCGAUGGCCUGGGCGGCGGCGGAAGUGGUACUGGCGGGUUGGGAGGCAGCGGCCACGGGUUUGAGCCGACAGUCCAGUGGUUCGAGAGCUGGCUGCCUGAGCUGCCGCUGCACACGAUCCUGGCCGUGAUGCAGCAGAUAUCGGCUCUGAUUCCGCGGGACGAACUGGCCGUCGACUAUCCUUCACCGGACACGUUGCAGCGCAUCCAGGAUGUACACCUCGCGGGUAUCGAGCCCUCGACGAUCCGCGUGCACUCGUUUGAGUGGUCGGCGCUGGCGCUGGGCUGGUACGAGUCCAUGCUGUGGAGCUUCAUCUUCAGCAGCGAAAUGCAGGUCGCCAAGGGCACCGUUGUGGGCGUGUGGAACAGCACGGCUAUCAAGCUGUUCCGUGUCCAGGAGGCAGCGGCACAGGGGCCUUCGUUGACUUCGCCACGAGGUGCUGUCGACGCCGUGGGUAGCAACAUUGUGUCGAGGAUCGGCCAGAUCAACCUCCGCGGCAGCAAUGCAGCCGGUGUGGCCCUCGGAUCCGCUGCCGGUGGUGGUGCAGCUGGCGGUAGUGCGAACCACGACGCUGGCAACGCAACUAGAAACCCUCCGGCAACCAACAAUCCAACACCGCCGAGUUCGUAG